GUAAGAUCGAUUAGUAGAAGAUAAUCAAAGAAUAUAUAUUUUGUCGAUAAUCAAAUUAUUCAUUUAUAGGUUGACUGGUAAUUAUGGUAGAAAUAUUCACUAAUUAAUAUUCAGUUCAUAAUUUUGGAGAGACACUGGUCAAAAAUCGAGCCUAGCGAUUACCGAGAGAGGGAGUGAUGGAGAGCGGCGCCAUUUUUACAGGGCUACGCCCGAACAUAAUUCCUCACCACCACCACCAGCUCUGCCCUUCACGAAGCACUAUUAAGCUUCUUCCCCCGCUUUACAGUGGCAAAAGACACUUCUAUAAGCUCUCGAAACAAUUGCACUUUGCUUGUUUUAGUGACAAUAGCGGUAAAAAUGUUGAUACUCUUCAAGUGGCCUCUCCUUCUAGCAACGUGGUGCCAGAAUUAGCCGACAUUGAUUGGGACAACCUUGGAUUUGAGUUCAUGUCCACUGAUUAUAUGUAUAUGAUGAAAUGUUCCCAAGGUGAAAACUUUUCUAAGGGAGAAUUACAACGUUUUGGGAACAUUCAGUUGAGCCCAUCCGCUGGGAUUUUAAAUUAUGGACAGGGGUUGUUUGAAGGUUUAAAAGCUUAUCGAAAGUAUGAUGGUAAUAUUUUGCUCUUUCGGCCCGAGGAAAAUGCUCUCCGAUUAAGGAUGGGUGCUGAGCGUAUGUGCAUGCCUUCUCCUACCGUAGAACAGUUUGUUGAAGCUGUAAAGGAAACUGUUUUAGCAAAUGAAAGAUGGAUUCCCCCACUGGGUAAAGGUUCUUUAUAUAUAAGACCAUUGCUUAUGGGGAGUGGAGCUGUUCUAGGACUUGCACCAGCUCCUGAAUACACCUUUUUGAUUUAUGUAUCUCCAGUGGGAAACUAUUUCAAGGAAGGUUUGGCACCAAUACAUUUGAUUGUUGAAACUGAGAUGCAUCGAGCGACACCUGGUGGUACUGGGGGAGUUAAGACUAUAGGAAAUUAUGCUGGAGUUCUAAAGGCCCAGAGUGCGGCAAAAGCAAAAGGUUUUUCUGAUGUUUUAUAUCUGGAUAGCGUUCAUAAAAGAUAUCUAGAAGAGGUGUCAUCUUGCAACGUAUUUGUUGUGAAGGAUAAUGUGAUAGCUACUCCCUCGAUAAAAGGGACCAUCUUACCUGGCAUUACACGAAAGAGUAUAAUUGAUGUUGCUGUUAGUCAAGGAUAUCAGGUUGAGGAGCGGUUCGUAGCAGUUGAUGAGUUGCUAGAUGCUGAUGAAGUUUUCUGUACAGGAACAGCCGUGGUUAUAUCCCCCGUGGGCAGUAUAACUUAUCUUGGUAAAAGAGUGAGUUAUGGAAGAGAUGGAGUUGGCCUUGUGUCGCAACAAAUAUAUUCAGCACUUACUAGCCUACAAAUGGGACUUACAGAGGAUAACAUGGAUUGGAUUGUUGCGCUGAAGUAGCCCCUACUCUCCAAUUACCCCCCCCCCCCCCCCCCC